AUGGCGGAAAUCGUCGGCCGGAAAGAACGACGAAAAAGCCUCAGCUUGUUCAGCCCUUCUUCCGGAACCUCUUCUAGCUCAAAUCCGCUCUCUCGACCCUCUCAUACUCGAACGCCCUCAGAUGACGUCCUCAACAAAACCCGUCGCAACUCCGGCUUCUUUGGCCGGUCCCAAAGUCCAAGCCGAAAGACGAGCGGCCCCGAUGUCCUUCGUAGACCUGGCACCGCAGGCGCAGAGACCGCUGGAUGGUCCGCUGCGAUGUCCGCGUCCACCCCGGCGCUUGAAAUUCCACGACCGCGCCGAAAGUCUCUCCAGAAGAAGAGAGCAUCUGUAUUCGGCUCCUUAAAAAACCUCCAUAUGGAAGAUGAAGAUCCAGUCAGCCCCUCUAUUGGCUCGGUCGGCGACGAGCAGAGCGCAACGAGUCCUCGAAAUGGGAUGUGGUCCUCGGCCAUGCUGCACCACGGCGCCAUUCAAACCACGGGUGGCAUGUGGAGGAAGAAGAGUCAAUACCUCGUGCUAACAGACACCCAUCUCAUUCGCUUUAAGAACCAAGCCAAGGCCGCAGAGCUCUUCUCUUCUAUCCCGCCUUCGUAUAACGCCCGCCCGCCAGCAACACAUCGCCAAUCGGUAGCUUCCAUCAGUUCGCUCCAGGACAUGCAGUCGGUAGUGAGUGGUGAGGCAUCGGCCGGGAUCCCAUUGAACAGUAUCAUUGCAGUCUACAUGCUGGAAGACCCCCGGCUUUCGCCCACGGUCGAGGUCGCAUAUCUAGAUGAGCGCACGCACAAAGCUGCCCUGGUCCAGAUGCAGACGCCAGACCUGCAGGAAUUGAAUCUCUGGAUGGUGGGGAUCCGACAGGCGGCGCAGAUGGCCCGCGCGAACGACCCAUUAUACUUCGAUCGCGGCACAGUCGAUUAUGUGACGAGAAUGCUCGAGUACGAAAGAGAUUACGAUCCGGAGACUUUCCGGAUGUUCCGUGUUAUCCAGAUCGCCUCCAGCAAAUCCCCUACCCGUUCGUCCUCGGAAGAUCUGACCAAACUUUCGCCCACAGGCUGCUAUCUGGUGAUUGGCCUGCACAAGGUGCAUUUGAUCCCUAUGCACAAGGCGGCCAAUCGGUCUUCGGUGGUUUCUUUGUCCGAUGCAGAGACGGCUACUACUCUUGGCCUGAUGAAUUUAACCGGCUUGUCUAUGGAAUACGGUGACGACAGUUUACAUCUGACGUUUCGGAUACCCUUGCAGAAAUCAUUCAAUGUAUUUUUGGCCUCCGUUCAUUCCGUCGAAGUUGCUUGCUGGAUUCGCCAGCACACGGAAUUCCUGCGUCCUCUCUGGACAAGGCAGCCGUAUGACUUUCUUGUCCCACGGGAGCUUCGUAACGACAGCAACUUUCCCCCAGUCGAGCUGGAUGAGGACUAUGGCUGCAUUGACCGAACAUUAGUUGCGUAUUCGGCUAGCUAUGGUGUGGAUACUUCUAACAUUCGCUAUACAAUUGACCUGGAAUGCGAAGAUGCACCGUGCUUUCGCCUCCUUGGUCCUGCUACGUCGACAAGAAGCGCAUACAAUUCCCUGGAAUUAAUCGCAGUGAUGCGUGCCCUUCGGUAUAACCAGAAUUUCCGGUCGAUCUCUUUCCGCGGCAUCAAUUUGGAUGCGCUUCAGCGGGUCCACGAUAUCCAUGGAGUUGAUCCCGACGAGAAUCUGUCCGUACUCGCGCAAGAGGUGCGUGCUCUGGUAUUAAAAAGUACUGCGCUUCGACGGCUCGACUUUUCCUUCUGUUUGACGCGGACACCGACUCUCGACAAGGGCAGCCGAGACCCGGGCUGCGGCAUCCCCGAAGCUAUCUUUCCCGUUUGUCGACGCAAGAUGACCAAUGUCGAUUGGGUUGUCUUGAACGGUAUCAAACUCGGUGAGUCAGAUCUUGAUUAUCUGGUGGAUGCUGCUUCGCAGACCCAGAGCCAUCUGCGGGCGCUGGAGGUCGGUGACUGCGGGUUAUCUGUGCACGAUUUAGAUCUUCUGUUGUCGACACUGGUCGCACAAGCAUCCACGCUAGAGGCGAUCAAUAUUUCAGGCGUGCAAGGACGCUUGAACCCCGAGGUUCUCCAGCAGUACAUUGGGUACUUUGGCAAGAUCCGGAAGAUCAAUUUCUCGCGUAUUUCUCGAACCUCGGGAACCGAUCCACUGAUUACCGCAGAGAUGCUGUUCAAUUGGGAGCUGGAGGAGCUCACGCUCAGCCAAACUGCCGUGAAUCAGGAUACGGUAGACUCCAUUGCAACGUACCUGGCUAGCGACAAAUCGCGCAACCUGCGUGUCCUUCGAUUGGACCAGUGUGGGUUGAGUGGCGAAGAUGUCGCGAUGUUCAUGCACUCGAUGAGCGUUGCGCAUGAUCAACCUCGCAACCUCCAUCUGCACGCGAAUGGAAACCGCCUGGAUAUUGGCUGCACACACCUCUUCAACGCUGUUUUGAAGAAUAAGACCCCAACUCAUCUUUCAAUGCAGAUGAUCGAUUUCAAGAAAGAAGAUCACUUUCGACAGCUUGUCGAGGCGCUUCGCAAGAAUCGGACGAUAAAGUAUCUGGAUAUCGCCAAGGUCUCUCUGCCGUACGAUGCGAGCACUGAAACUUGCAAGGCGCUGCAGCUCAUGUUCGAAGAAAAUAACACGCUUGAAGCGUUGGACAUCAGUGGUGAAAAUGCACAUCUUGAUGUGGCCCGGUUUGGAAUCGGUCUCAACUUGGCACUGACUGGUUUGAAAAAGAACAAGUCUAUCCAAGUCCUUCGAAUCGAGCAUCAAAAGCUUGGACUGCAGGGCGCUAAUACCCUGGCAUCUGUUCUGGAAGAAAAUGAUACAUUGCGUGAAGUGCACUGUGAGAACAAUGACAUCAAUCUUCAGUCUUUCACCGUGUUGGUCAACGGCCUCCAAUGCAAUCGUACUCUGCUUCGCCUUUCUUCGAUGGAUCGAGACCGGGCCUUGUCUUUGGACAGGGUGCGUCGAGAAGUUGACAACGUGCGUUGGGAUUCCAGUAACAUCCAAACCUCGACUGCUACUUCCAUUCGCCGCUCUUUGCAUGCCGCCAUGGGAGUCAAAUCGGGUUCAGCCAGCCACCGACUCACGAAAGCACCGCCGACUCCUUCUCCUUUGAGCGCCUCUCUGGAUGCCUCGAGCUUUACCGCGCAGAAUGUCGAUGUGAUCAUAAGCUCUUUGCACCAGAAAUGGGAGGUAGAGCUAUCUCGACUACGCCGAUACCUUCUCCGCAACUACAAUGCCGCUCACGGGAUUGAGUCGGACGGUGAUGAUGGAGCAAGUGACGGACGGCCUGCAACAGCAGCCAGCUUGGGCACUAUGCUUGAGAACCUGAAAUUUGAGGUUGCGGUUUCAGCAGACGAAGUCAAUGGCUCGCCGCCUGACGACACUGCAUCUUCAAUCCACAGCGACAUUGCUCCAGACCAAAUUGAGCCGCCCCCCACUCUAGCACCGACACGCAAGCUCCAGGCGAAGCUCAAAACGAUGAAGAGCGUAUCCGAUUUCCGGCCUAAGACUCCUCAAGCAGCCUGCCAUCUUCUCCCACCUGAAUACAAUUCGGGCCCCUCUUCUACCCGUGGAGCCUCACCCGUUCCCGCUCUACCGCAAGCUCUCGCGAAAGCGAACAGCGUUCGUAGCGCGCGCAGCUCGAGUACCGCGUCCACCAACACUGGAAGUGCACGAAGCGCGUACGGCUCAGCCUCAUCCACCCUCCGAGGUUUCCUCACAGGCGGUGCCUUGAAGGAUCGCCGUCGAGGCGAAGCUCUACCUCCUCUGUGCGUCACACGGGACGACAAACCACCACGACUGGACUGGUCUCCCCCCAAACUCGACUUACAGGAGCUUUCCUAG